AUGUCGAACGUAUUUUCUUUGCUAGGCCUGCAGCGCCGAUCUUAUUUGCAUGGGAACUUUUUAAGUCCCAACUGCACACAGGAAAGCAGUCAACUGGUUGAUAGUGCACUUUCUGAAAGGCCCGGUCUUCUGCAGCCUUGGCAACAGAGCAUCCCGUUUCCGUUAAGGGGAGCUGUAUUUGCCUCAGUGUUGGUAAUUGUAUUUCUCGUCUCGUAUUGCUUUAUUUUUAGCUUCAAGGGGAUUCUAGAUCUGAAUGCAGCUCGACGGCUGGCUUCAACUGGGAAAAGGGGGAAGAGUGAAGAUGGGCGGGAAGAUGAAGCCACUCAAAAUAACGCCAGACAGAUGUGCGAAACGGAAAUGCACCAACAGCUUCUUGCAUCGGAUCCUGCAUCACUUUAUCCCCAUAUGCAAGAAUUAGAUACUCUAUCAGAGGCAGGCGAACCGGAAAUAAAACGGCGGAGAAUGGAAAGACCAGUGGCUUCAUACAGUCACGGUGUGUCAAGUAUUCAGCAGAAGCCGGGCGAUAUAGUAAUGGGUUAUACAAGGACAGCGGUGCUGGCCGGAAACUUAAGCCUACCAUGGUAUGCUCAAAAAAGUGCGGCUGCGAAGAGUAUUUAUGAAGAAACAUCUGUACCGGGUCAGUUGCAUCACGUCGCACGGCUGUCUCCCAGUUUAGAUGGCCCCGCAAUAUAUGCCCAGCCGCCAAAUACAGAGAAUGAUGGAAGACCUUGCGAAGAUGGGGCGCCGAGGAAGAAGACAAAGGAGACAAUCGAAUCAAACAGUGAGUGGCAGUCCACAGAAAGCUUCAUCACUUCAGCCCAGCCGCCAGCAGACUCAGCAGAGAGAACACAACUGGCUGAGGGGCCCCGCCAACUACAGAAGAAAGGAGCGCCAGGGGCACUGAAUGCAGAUGUUGAAGGGCUGGGAGACGCAUACUGGAUACUUGACAUCGCGGAGUCGUCUCAAACCCUAAAUAAUGUCUCGGAGUCUCUGGAGUCCCCCAACCCGCAAAUAAGUGAAGCAGUGGGUUACGGUGGUGUAGCCCACCAGAAUUCGGUGGAUAAAACUAGUAGUGAGUGGCAGUCCGCUGCCAGCCAAACUGUUGGAGCCCACCUGUUAAUAGAUUUCGCACAGCAGGCGCAUGCGAGGGAAGAGCACGAGUGGGUGCCGGAGACGCACCUGCCAGACGCAAUGAAUGCAGAUGAGGAGGUGCCGGGACUCGCAGACUGGAUACUUGACAUCGCGGAGUCGUCUCAAACCCUAAAUAAUCACUCGGAGUUAUCGGAAUCAUCCAAAUCGCAAGGCAGCGGAGUAAUGAUUUACGAUGGUGUAGGUCAACAGAAUUCUUUUGAUGUGUCCAGUGGGGAGUGGCAGUCCGCUGCCAGCCAAACAGUUGGAGCUCAUCCAUCAACGGAUUUUGCACAGCAGGCGCAAGCGAGGGAAGAGCACGAGUGGGUGCAGGAGGCGCACCUGCCAGAGGCACUGAAUGCCGAUGUGGAGGGGCUGGAAGUCGCAGACUGGAUACUUGGCCUGGCUCAGCCAUCUCAAGCCCAGAAUAAUGGCUUGGAGUCUCUGGAGUCCUCCAACCCACAAGCCAGUGAAGCAGUGGAUUACGAUGGUUGUGUAGGUCAACAAACUUCGGUGGAUGAAUCUAGUAGUGAGUGGCAGUCCACUGCCAGCCAAACUGUUGAAGCCCACCUGUUAAUGGAUUUCGCACAGCAGGCGCAAGUGAGGGAAGAGCACGAGUGGGUGCGAGAGACGCACCUGCCAGACGCAGUGAAUGUAGAUGUGGACGUGCCGGGACUCGCAGACUGGAUACUUGACAUCGCGGAGUCGUCUCAAACCCUAAAUAAUCACUCGGAGUUACCGGAAUCAUCCAAAUCGCAAGGCAGCGAAGUAAUGAUUUGCGAUGGUGUAGGUCAACAGAAUUCUUGUGAUGUGUCCAGUGGGGAGUGGCAGUCCGCUGCCAGCCAAACAGUUGGAGCUCAUCCAUCAACGGAUUUUGCACAGCAGGCGCAAGCGAGGGAAGAGCACGAGUGGGUGCAGGAGGCGCACCUGCCAGAGGCACUGAAUGCCGAUGUGGAGGGGCUGGAAGUCGCAGACUGGAUACUUGGCCUGGCUCAGCCAUCUCAAGCCCAGAAUAAUGGCUUGGAGUCUCUGGAGUCCUCCAACCCACAAGCCAGUGAAGCAGUGGAUUACGAUGGUUGUGUAGGUCAACAAACUUCGGUGGAUGAAUCUAGUAGUGAGUGGCAGUCCACUGCCAGCCAAACUGUUGAAGCCCACCUGUUAAUGGAUUUCGCACAGCAGGCGCAAGCGAGGGAAGAGCACGAGUGGGUGCGAGAGACGCACCUGCCAGACGCAGUGAAUGUAGAUGUGGACGUGCCGGGACUCGCAGACUGGAUACUUGGCCUCUCGCAGUCAUCUGAAACCCUAAAUAAUGGCGCGGAGUCUCUGGAGUCCUCCAACCCACAAGCCAGUGAAGCAGUAAAUUACGAUGGUGUUGUAGGCCACCAGAACUCGGCGGAUGAAUCUAGUAGUGAGUGGCAGUCCACUGCCAGCCAAACAGUUGGAGCUUAUCCGUCAACGGAUAUUGCACAGCAGGUGGAAGCAAGGGAACAGCACGAGUGGGUGCGAGAGGCGCACCUGCCAGAGGCACUGAAUGCCGAUGUGGAGGUGACGGGACUCGCAGACUGGAUAGUUGGCCCGGCGCAGUCGUCUGAAACCCUAAAUAAUGGCUCGGAGUCUCUAGAGUACUCCAACCCACAAGCCAGUGAAGCACUGGAUUACGAUGCUGGUGCAGGCCAACAGAAUGCUUUUGACACAUCCAGUAUUGAGUGGCAGCCCGCUGCCAGCCAAACGGUUGGAGCUCAUCCGUCAAGGGAAUCUGCACAGCAGGCGCAAGCGAGGGAAGAGCACGAGUUGGUGCAGGAGGCGCACCUGCCAGAGGCACUGAAUGCCGAUGUGGAGGGGCUGGAAGUCGCAGACUGGAUACUUGGCCUGGUGCAGUCGUCCGGAGCUCCAAAUAGUGGCUCGGCGUCCUGGCACUCUUCCAGUGUACGGAUCAGUGGAGCAUCUGAUUGUAGCAAAGUCGUGAAAUACCAUAAGGCUCAGCGGGAGGACGAGUCGGCUGAUCAGGGACGCUCUAAACAGCAUUCAGGAUAUGAGAUUGCGGACACCCCACGCACAGGUUUUUUCGCGGCAGAAAUACACCUAAAUACAGACUCCAUGCAAGAGGCGGCGACAAAUGCCGCAUGCACGUCAGCAGAUAGUCAUUGUUUUGAUGCCGCAAUGGAUGCACCAAGUGCUAUGCCAGUUCAGUCGAUUGCAUCUCGCACGCAGCAGUCGUACAUCGGUUACUCCGAAAAACCUUUCCCGACCCAUUUUAUAGUUCAGUUGGCCACAGAUGGUACAUAUUCCACUUCGUCAGGCAUGCAAGAGUCAUCUCAGCCAAGCGUAACGCCAGCGACGUCUGCAAAUGAGCCUUCAGAGAUGGGGCAACUUCUACAACCUUUUCAAGGGGUUCAGGAAGGAAGCCACUUUCCUCCUGACGAUAGUUGUGCCAUGCAACAUUAUCCUGGAUACCCAAGGGAGUUUUUCCGACCAGCUGAAAGUCAAGUGGGCACUUCUCAUGAGCAAGCUACUACAAUCCAGUUGUUUCAAGGCGUCCAACUAGAAAAGCAAUUUCCUGCUGAAGGUAUUCGAACUAUGCAACAGUAUCCUGUUUACUUAAGCGGCGUUUUUGGACAGCCUGAAUUUCAAGUGAACGAAUCUCCUCUCCACGAAUAUGUUGCCACAGACCAGGUACUGCGAAUCAUGAGUGCCAAUUCAGCCGCCCUGAUGGGCACAUUCACUUCUUCGGUUCUGAUGGGCAAAAAGGACAUCAAAACACACCCCUUCUUCAGGCUUCCGCCGGUGGCUCCUGGAGCGGUCGUGAGAGAAUUCAGCCACGAUGCAUCACUCAACCUAGGUCGAAAGAGGAUAUUCCCUUUCUACGCCCUUCAGAAUGUGAAAAAUGUGCUGAAACUGCCAGUGCUCCAGUCGCACCACCUGGAGUACCUGAUGAGUUCCGCAGAAGUGCUGGUUGCUUAUGCUUCUCGCGAUAUGAAAAGGAACGUGAACGAUGUGGUACCGUCCCUCGCCGUCGAGAGUCUAGCGAUUUCUUUGUUAAUCGUUGAUUCCCUAUAUGCUGCAACCCAGAUUUUAGGAGCACGGUCGAAGAGUGAUGAUUGGUGGGAUUCCGUGAUUAAUUCAGUCCCACAUUACGAAGACCCGCCUCCAAGUGUUGCAAAAGAUAGAAGAGCGAGAAAAAAUGUCGAAUUGGCGCAAUUACUACGUGAAAUGCUGCAGUUUUACAAGAAGAAAAGUCGUCCUCCGCCUGAAUUGUUGGUUCCUUUAAAGCAAUGCAUGUUUUGCACAGCCGCAAUCCCUAGGCUCCGCAGAAGCAAGUGGACUGAAUGGGAGCAAGAUGAUCAUCAAUGGCGUAAUUCUUCAUGA